CUUGACUUUUUUUUUUUCCAGACGGGCGAAUGGAUCAGCCACGGAGGAGACCUCAAGAAUCGUCGCUUUGCAGAGGAUGAGCACUUGAUCAGUGUCGGGCACGCGCCUCAGUUAAGCGAAAGGUGGAACUUUGACGCUGGCGCAGACAUCUCAGCCACACCGGCGAUUUGCGACUGCGUUGUCUAUUUCCAUUCGUGGAACGGGCUCGUCUUCGCAGUUUCCAUCCAAGGACAACUUCUCUGGCGUGUCAACUUGACAGAAAUCACGCGAGUUGCCACUUUGUCGCGGACGACACCUGCUGUGACCGAGGACCUCUUGCUAUAUGGUUUGCUCGGUUCCGCUAGAGUUGUUGCUUUAGAACGUAAGAGUGGAAGACUGGUGUGGAUGUCGGAAGAUCUGGAUGAAACGGCCCGGGCAAGGAUCACCAUGUCAGGAACAGCAUACGACGGGUAAGCAAACUUCCUUUCUU